UACAAAAUCGCAAUGAAUUUGAAUAUUUUCAAAAUUAAUAAUUGGCAACCCCAAUUAUACGCCAUUAAUGACUCAACUUCUGUACUUAGGAAACAAAACAAUCGCUUUGUUUUUAGGCAUUUUGUUAAUGAUACUAAAUCGAUAAAAGAAAUAGAAGCUCCACCAUUUAAUGACAAUUUGUCAGAAAUUAUUAAAAUGAUAAAAAGUGAAGCCAGUUCGAACUUAUUGGUUAGGAUGGAUGUUCUCAAACAGGCAUUGUUGCUUAUGGAACACAAUGAUUUUUGCACAGAAGAUUCAGUGCGUCUUAUAAGAUGUUGUGGGGAGCUUAUGCCCUGUGAUGAUUCUGAGGCAAAAGUGGAGUUGGCCCGGAAUAUUAUUAAGAUGGUUAUUAAGAAAAAUAUCAUUCAUGUCGAGCACUAUAAUACUUUUCUAGAUGUUUUGAAAGAGAAUGAAUGCAAUAUUUCGGCUCAAGAAUUUCUCUCUUCUAUGACAAAACAUGCCACACCAAACAUUAUCACCUACGAAAAGCUUCUAUAUUGCGUUUGUGCUUGUGGUGAUGUUAGUCAAUCAACUGAGAUUAUAACUGAAAUGAAAAGGCUCAAUUACCCUAUUUCAGAGAAUGUUUUCAAUGCACUUGUAUUGGGGCAUGGACGUGCUGGAGAUAUUAUGAGUGCUAGAGCUGUUAUGGAUACAAUGCUUACAACACAAAUUUGUCCCAGUGAAAAAACUUAUGCCUGCUUAUUGCUGGGUCUUGCUGGAGGUACUGAACCUUAUCAUAUAUUGCAAAUAUUGAGAGAAGCUUACUCAAAGCAAAUCAGGUUUGAAAGUAGAAGCUUAUUUGAAGUUGCAUAUCAACUUGCCAUGGCUGGACAUGAUAAAUACAUACCUAAUAUUUUGCUUGAAUUACCACAAGCACCAACUUUUACUAUGAUUAGGGCGUUUUGCAUGCGUUUAAUUUACAAAGGUGCUCCAAAAUCUGCAUACACAGUGUUGGUGGAACUGAUGAAACCUGAUAGACUUCCUAGUGUCAUAGAGUGUGAUGGUUAUGGGUCUUUCCUCAUCAAAGAAUUGAUUUAUGCCAACACAAAUGUUCAAAGUAUUAUCGAAAUCUGCGAUUCCUUUUUAACUUCUGGUAAAAAUAUGUAUGCAUUACAUACUGCCUAUAUAACUGCUGUGAAGCAAGGAAGUGCAUCUGCAUUACCUUUAAUAAACCAUAUGAAGGAGCAAGGCAUUGAAAUAAGGCCUCAUUAUUUUUGGCCCCUCAUUAUAUCUAUUGGCAAACAUUCUGGGGAUUCAGGAAUAAUGGGAUUACUUCGAGCUAUGCAAAAUCUUAAAGUAACACCUGAUUUUGAAACACUUCGGCAUUAUGUUUUGCCACGAUUAGACAUGACAGAUCCAAUAGUGGUUGUUCGCAAAUUACAAGAUUUGCGGUUACCAGUGGCCGAAGCUUUGCAGCCAAUAGUUUGUUUUUUACUGAAUAGGAGCAGGAUAAAGGAUUGUGUGGCUUUAGUUGAAACCUUCAAUAAGACUGAACUUCAUGGGGAUAUUGUCAUGAAACAGCUGGUAAAAGCUGUUAUUAAAGGUGCUGCUGCUAAAGAUAUAGUUGUUAUUCUCAAAUCAAUUAAGGCUGAUGCUAAAGUGGACGAAGGUUCUUCGCAGAAGAUUCUAAAUGAUUGGGCAGGAUUGUUAGCUUUAGAAAUCAUAUCGAAUGAUGGAAAUAAGAAAUGCAUGAGGAAACUGCAUAACCUAAUGAAGUCAUAUAGAAGUGAUGGAGUGAAGAUAUCUACAUUUGCGAUAGACAUUAUUGCGGACUACUAUUCUAAGACUGAAUACAAAAUAGACAAUUUAGAAAUAUUCUUGAAUGAAUUAAGAAGUUCACAAUAUGCCAUUCCUUCAUCAGAACUGUUCAGCCAAUUUAUUCCCCAUCCUAGAGACAUGGAUUUGGAUGCUCUAGAAAACCAUUUAAUAGAAUUGAAGUCCAAAAAAAUGAAUACCAGGGGUGCUUUGCGAAGAUUAUUGCAAGGUCAUUGCCGGAAAGGAAAUUUGCAGAGGGCUCUAGAAGUAUUAGCUGAGUGUGAAGAUAAGAGAAUGAUUUUAUCUCCAGGCAUGCAAGCUUCCAUUUUAGAAUUACAUAUCAAGUCAAAAAAUGUGGAGAAGGCCGAAAAAACUUUCAGAAAUCUGAGGCGUCAAGCUCCUUGGUUUAAACUUGACGAACAUAAGAUGAUAGAUUAUGCAACCUUUCUGAUAAGGGAAGGGAAAUUGCAAGAGUCUAUUGACAUUUUAAAGCAAUACUGUGAUGACCAUACUGUGGCUGGUGGCGAUGCUAUAUCUCACAAUUGUUUCCGGUUACUAACUGCACUUUCAGAGACAGGCACGCCAGCACAAGUUCGUGAUGUUCUGAAUGAAUUAGUGACUCUUCGAUUUUGUUCCAAAAACAAUGCGUUGUUAGGACCUGUAAUUAGAGCUCAUCUGAAUAGAAAUGAUUUUGAAGGAGCUGUUCAUGAUUUCUUAACCAGCGUUCAUGAGUCAAAUUGUACUCCGCUUCAAUUAGAACUUAUCACUCACCUUGCUAAAAGAAAUGAAUCACAAUUAUUAGAACUAGUAUUAGACGCUUGCAAAAAAGUCCAUGGCGUUGUCAGUACUACAUCUGCUCUAGCAAUAGCUUAUGCAAGCGCAAAUAUGACAAAUGAUUUAAGAAGAUUAUUAACGGAUCCCAAAUCAAGAAUUUCACCUAUAUUUUUGAAGAAACGUUGUGAACGGCUUGAAAUUGAGGGUAACUACCAAUGUAUGGAAGUCUUAGCUAAAGUUUGUAAGGAUUUACCUCAAUUCAUUCCUGAUGAUAUGUAUGAGAAAAUUUUGAGGGUUCACUGUCGUCAUAAUAAUUGUGAAGCAGCUGUGGAGCUGUACAACAAAAUAUUAGAAAAUGAUGAAAAGCCAUCAAUAGAGUUUUUAUGUACCCUAGCCAAUUUAUUACAAACUAAUAAAUACCCUUUACCACAAGGUUUAAUUGAUUCUGAUGAACCUAAGUCAUCUCUAAAUAAAGCAUUAUAA